AUGGAGGGGCUUAAUUCUGGCCCUUCCAUGCGUCUUCAUUCUGAAGCAGACAUCUGGGGAGUCAGAAGGUCGCUUCAAACGAGGAAUGAUGGGACUGAAAGGCACUUCGUCUUCUGUGCCUCGCGUGCUAUCAGAAAAUAUGCUCGUCGAACAACACGUGGCCUGUCCAUCAAGUGA